AAGGUGUCGAUUUUUAACGCUCCUGGUAUGGUCUUUGGUUUUCCCGGAUGAUUACAUCCAGUGGUGCGCGGGCGGAUGUGGCAACUUUCUAUGACACUCUUUGCGGCUUGGUUCCAUUAUUGCAUUACCUAUGAUACUGUCAUUCUUUCAACUCUAAAACUGAAGAAAAUGACGGUAGAAGACCUGGUAGCAUCCUCAAAAGUACUAGCUGUUGGUGUUAAGAAUUUUUCUUUACCAAAAUUUGGCAUAUAUUCGCAAGCCUAUAGUGCCGGAAACUCUGAUUCUCCUUUUGCAUCAUUAAUGCGAAUUUUUCCUAAUCAGAAAGCACUACCCAUGGAGAAUCCAUUAGUGGUGAUUUCUAGCGAUGAUGAUGCUAAUAGAUCAACUACUGAUAUAGUUUACACCCGAAAAGAUUUGCACGAUCUUCUAGCAUCUGAUGAGAAUUUUAAAGGUUAUCAAACAGUCAUUAUUUCUUCUGAGGAUGCUUUCGAAGAAGGAUUGGUCCGUCGAAAGCGUGUUUCCUCUAAUGUUAAUUUUGAUGACGAGCCAUCAUCUCAUGUAUCAAAAGCAACACAGCGGUCAUCUGCUUCGGACCGUCAUGAUAUGCCUGUGGUGCUGCCUCCUCCUAAUCCAUCGCAAAAAACAACGUGUUUACUCUAUAUGGAAGCCUUCGACAUUGUUAUUCCGAACUCUCGUUACUUAACUGUUGAUAGUGAGGGCAAAAACAAGUAUUCUUCUGAGCCAGACCACUAUAAGUGCAAUAUCAACAGGCAAGGUGGUGCAAGUUUUAUAAUUGAUGUUGAAGUUGAAGAGGACAUACAAGACGCCAAAAAAGAAUUCUCUUUGAAGAGUGGGACUGCGAUAACAUUUCAGUUAGAUUUCGUACGAAGUCGGAAUGGCUAUUGGUAUUUAGAUGGUACCACGUUAAAGAAUAGUUUCAAAAUUACUGCUGUGGGCAGCGAACAAGGCCUAACUGUGAGCAAUGGUACUGCUACGAAUCGAGUAGAUGUUGGAGCCGUGUUUAACAGAAAUUUUGCUUGUUAUCAAACGGAUGCUGCAGUUUUCAACGUAUCAGGUGAUACUAAUCCAACACAUGUUGGAAUUGUGCUACGGAAUUUCGAAGUGACUUUGGGAGUUGCAGGUAACAAGACAAAGUUCGGGUACCAUACAUCGGACUGUGUUGGGACGUUUAGUGCUGGCACUUGGAUGGGUAUUAUCGUUUCUGUUGUCUUUUUAAGCAUUCUCUUGUUCGGUUAUCUGAUGGUACAGUCAAUACACACGAUGGAUCGAUUUGAUGACCUGAAACAAAAGCAAAUCAUAAUCAAUUUCAAAGAUUAAACAAUGGUACAUUACAUUUAGUAGAUUAUAACAUUCUGGUACUUGGCACUGCUGCUGUAUAUUCCUGCCAACAAUAUGUGUAUAAUAUUAAUUAGAAUUUGAGAGAUGAAAAGAAACGCUUGUAGACUUUCAAGCCAUCCGGAAAAUGAUUACUGUUACUCUUUUCUGUGUCUCAUUGCUGGUAGUAAUUGUUGCCAAAUCCGGGUAAUAGAUCAAUCGCUUUUAUGGUAUUGUAUUUAUUGCGCACACAUAAUUGUUUCAUCCUAUUUCUAGCCAUGAUCUUUCAAGCAGUCUGUGUAUGGUAUGGCGCCGCACAAUUUUCCAAAUUCUGCCAGUGGUAUCCAUAAUCAUUUAAUGAACAGUCUGUAGUUCAAGGGAUGGUACGCUUCAUAUCAAAUUUCAGUAUGCUGUAAUAAAUUUCUUCUGUGCACUAAGCUAAACCCUUAUUUGGAUUACUCACGGUCCACGCCAGUAAAAUAGAAUUUUUCUGUUUGAAUUUUACAUUGAUUUCUCAUGAUCUCCCAGUUUACUUAUGUUUUCUGUAUGAUCGAGAAAUACAUUGUGGUCAGUUAGUGGUUGGAUAUAAGUUUUACUGAUAUGUCAUGUAUAAAUUUCCGUUGCGAACUUUUAAUUCAUUGUUAUUCGGUGACAUGAUUGUAGUCAUGAAACUAAAUCAUGACUGGAAAUGCCCGAACUCGUUUAAACUGUCCAAAAUUUCGUCCUCGUUUUUCAGUUAUGUUUUUA